AUGAACACCGGCAUUCAAGAUGCAAACAACCUGAUAUGGAAGCUCGAGCUUGCUCUCAGGGACGAACGCAAGUACGACGCCCUCCUCGACACGUACAACACCGAGCGACAACCGGUCGGUAAGCGUGUAGGCCUCUCAAGUCUACAUAACAUGCGAAGUCACGCCGCGAUAAUGGAUGUAGCGCUUGGCUUGAGCCCGGGUAAAUCCAUUGAGGAGAACCAAGCAAAGAUCGCCCCUGCCUUUGAUGAGACUCAUCCAGACUACGCGGCAAAACGCGAUGCCAUCGGCCGUGCGCAAAAAGUUCUUGGUUGUGAAUUCAAAGCACCUGGAGCGGUUGUCGGCUGGUUCUACCCGUCAGCUGGUGUUAACAAUGGAGGCGGCGAGUUCCAUACUGGACAAUUACGGGCGGAUGGGACGUUGAAUCCAGAGUUCUACGUCCCGUCGACGAUACCAGGGCAUUUUGUGCCGCACGCGUGGUCACACAAGGGGAAUAAGCGAAAACCUGUGUUUGAUCUGGUUGGGAUGAGUCAGCUGUUGUUGCUGGCUAGAGGGUCUGGGUGGGAGGAACUUGGAGACGAUCGAGUGCGGUAUGAGCAUGUUGGCGAUGGUGGUUGGGAUGAUGUAGAUGAGAUGUGGGCUCGUCAGUGUGGUACGGGAUUGUUGCAUGGCGAGGACAGCGAGGUGGCAUGA